AUGCGCUCAGACCUUGGACUUGACACUUUGGUCCAGGUACAGAAGACCAGAACCCCCGCCCCGACUCACCCACUCUCCAAGGUGUCUCCCAGAGUGCCGCCCCCAGCGCCCCGAGGCUGGAGUUUGUAUAGGCAGAAGAGUCAAAGCCCAAACUCCCGGCACUCGGCGCCCGAACCAAAACACCCGUCGCUGGGCAACCCCAAUCUGAAAGGCCGGUGGCUCCGGGAGCCAAUCCGGGAGCUCGUGGCCCAGCUGCCAGCCAAUCACGGACAGGAGGCGCUACCGGUCACCUGCGCAGGGCAGGGCCCGGGCAGGAAGUCUGAGAUGGGGCUGUGGACCCAGCUUUCAGCUGCUGUCGGGAGUGGGGCAGAAGGAAAACCCACUUCCCCGUAUAUCAGCCCGGAACAACAGGUAACACUAUUCAAGCAAGUGGAACCCAAAGCAACAAAACACUGCCAGCCAGUAGAUCCCGACGCAAGUUCAAACAUGAAUUCAAACAUGCUAUCCCAGCACAGAAAUCCUGACCCAAACUGGUUAAUUAGAUCACGGAAGAUUUCCAUAAGUAUGACCCUUAUAUUGACCUUUAUUCUCAUAGGACUUCGAAAUUGUGAAUGGCUUAAAGGCAACGAUUUUCCUCAAAAACCCAGGCAAUUAUAUGAUGUAAUUGCAGAAUAUGGCUCAAGGCUUUAUAGUUACCAGGCAAGACUUCGUAUGGCAAAAGAACAAUUAGAAUUUUUAAAGAGAGAAAGCCAGAUUUUGGAAAACAAUUUCCGUGAAAUUCUAAUUUUAACAGAACAAAUAGAUUCUCUAAAGGCAUUACUAAGAGAAAUGAAGAAUGGUGUUUACAAUCAGAGCUGGAAUGAGGACCCUAUUGGGAAACAGGACAAGGAUUUUAUCAAUGAGGAAAUGUCAAAUUUGGUAAGUUAUGUACUGAAAAAGUUGAGAGAGGAUCAAGUCCAGAUGGCUGACUAUGCCCUGAAGUCUGCUGGAGGCUCCAUCAUUGAGGAAGGGACUUCAGAAACUUAUAAAAAUGAUAAUGCAAAACUGUCCUGGCACGGAGUAGGGUUCUUAAAUUAUGAAAUGCCUCCAGAUACUAUUCUUCAGCCAGAUGUCCAUCCUGGUAAGUGCUGGGCCUUUCCAGGCUCUCGGGGCCACACCCUCGUCAAGCUCGCCAGGAGGAUUGUCCCAACUGCUGUGACGGUGGAGCACAUCUCACUCAGGGUUUCUCCGUCGGGAAACAUCUCCAGUGCACCCAAGGAAUUUUCUAUUUAUGGCAUCUCAAAAGAAUGUAAUGGAGAAGAAAUUUUCCUAGGCCAGUUUAUAUAUAACAAAAAAGAAACCACUGUGCAAACCUUUGAGCUCCAGCAUGAAGCUUCUGAAUCUUUGUUAUGUGUGAAACUGAAAAUCCUCAGCAACUGGGGGCACCCAAACUACACUUGUUUAUAUAGAUUCAGGGUUCAUGGAAACCCAGUUAAUCAGAUCUAA